CGCCACUAGGUCGCAUUGACAUCGGUGCAAUUGAGUUCACACACAAUAUGAAGGAGCACAGCGGCAGCCAAACCCCAACUCUAGAUUUUACAAUUCGGCUUGUCUGACUUUUCAGCACCCGCAUAAUGUAACAACAACCAACACGUUACAACCUACGACGAUAGAAGCCAAAUGCUGGCUUUUAUUUUGACUGCGAGAAUGAUCGUCGUGCGGGGAGAACUGACAAUACGCCGUUUCAGCUUUCCAAUGGAAGAUCGCCCCAGCUCAUUUCAGCGGAUAUGUUGCCGUUGUGCUUUUUGCAUAUACUCUUUUUAAUCGACCUGGAUCUUUAGAUUGGGAUUGUUUCCUUCUUCGUUUGUUGGGGCGUGAAAACGAAAAGCUAUACGCCGACCAGGAUAACACAUUCUCUGCCUACCUCGACAUAUUGCUACCAGGGAUUUAAAUAAUCACGUGCUACAACAACGGAUAUCUUAAAGCUGAAUUGAUGUGGCCGUCUGACAUUUAAUGAAUUCAAGCUGGAGAGCAAAAUGAGUAGGGAAAGGCCGAAGAGAAAUAUCAUUCAAAAGAAAUUUGAUGAUAAUGAUGGAAUCCCUUGGUCAGAAGAGAGGGUGGUGCGCAGGGUGCUCUACCUCUCCCUUAAAGAGUUCAAGAGAGCUCAGAAGAGGAAAAUGGAGAACACUACUGGAUUAGUUAAUGGCUCAUUCGCAAAUGGUCAUUUGAAUGGUUCGGGAGCUAAAGCUAAAGCUGGGCUGUAUGCUGGAAACUGUAAGUCAGACAGGACACAGCAUGGAGCCCAAAGCAAAGACUGCAGUCGUGAAUAUUCAAUCGAGGGGCCUGUCAGAAAGAGGCCAAGACUACAGGCCCAGAGGAAGUUUGCUCAGUCUCAUCCCUGUUCUCCCACGUCCACCCCACUGAAGAUGCUGGAGGUCAUGCCCCCAAGCCCCACUGCCCUGCUCAACCACCUCACAAAACGCAAACCCAAAACUGAAGACUUCCUCACCUUCCUCUGCCUCAGAGGCUCUGCUGCGUUGCCCAGCAACAUGGCAUACUUUGGUAGUGCUAAGGAUGAUGAAGAUGUAGACGAGGAAGAGGAUGAGGAAGAGGAAGAAGACAGUGCUCGCAAUGCUUCUGCAUCCUGCCAGUCUACUCCACGAAAGAGCAGAGGACCCAGCAAAUGCAUUGCCAACGGUCAUGUGUUUAAUGGACAAAUGCGAUUGCGAGCUGCCGAGGAACACGGGAGCAGUUUGAGGGCCAAAGGGAAAGAGGGAAUCCAGGGGAAGGAGAAAAACUCUAUAACAUUAGCUAGAAGUUCCUCUACACACAAUUUACGGCCCUGCAGGUCUGUUCAGGAACAAAAACAACAGUCCUCCAAAAUGAACGGAACAUCGGGAACCUCGGCUGUCAACUCCAGAAAGACGAGAGAACUCCGCACCCCCCUGACCAAAGCUGUGAAAUACCCCAAGGGCCAUGUGACUUACACCAAAGCCAGACUGCUCAAAGAGGCCAAACUCAGCCUGAGCGCACAAACACGGCAGCUCAGCUCUCAACGCUCCAACUCAGGAAAAGCUCAAACCAGCCACGCCAAGAUGCAAAAACAGGUGCUAUCGCCAGCCACCGCCGGGAGGCUGUGUGGAACCGGUGCGUUCCCACCCAGACGAAAUGGACUGAGACAGUCGAAAAGGCAGCUGGAGAUGGGAGCAGAGGUUGAGGUUAAAAAGGUCAAAGUGGAAGUCCUUCCCUUGGAGACCCGGAGUCGAAAAGCAGCUCAGAAGAGACCGGUGCCCCGUAGCCAUGCUAAAAAGGUGGAGCCGCAAACGUCAGGAUCGCAAAGACCCAAACGGACCGUUGCGGAAAAGCUUCUGCUCACCAAACAGACACACUGUAAAGCCACAGUUCUGGCCAAGAACAGCCCCGCUACCUCAACUCAAGACAUUUUGAAACCAGCCAACCCCCCAAAAACAAACAAUUCUGUAAAACAAGUCAAUCCUACUAAUAAAACCGAACCCCUCGACACAGUUGAGCCUAAAAGUGCCACAGACAAAGAGCGAGGUAGGCGUGGUACUGUUGCGGAGGCGACGGAGAUGACGGAGGUUCCCGUUUUCUAUCCUGGUGCAAGGGAAUUUCAGGACCCUCUGGCUUUUAUGGAGUUUGUGCGGGAACAAGCAGAACCGUUCGGGUUGUACCGGGUUGUUCCGCCAGCGGGCUGGCGUCCCGAGUGUAAACUUAAAGAGGAGAUGCGGUUUGUCUCGUACGUGCAGCACGUGCACAAGCUGGGCAGACGCUGGGGCCCAAAUGUACAGCAACUGUCUUGCAUCCGGAAACAUCUGAGGACACAAGGCAUUAAUAUGGAGGAGCCUCCACUAAUAGGUGGGUGUGAGUUAGAUCUCGCCCGAUUCUUCCAGCUUCUAAAUGAAAUGGGAGGCAUGCAGCAGGUGACAGACUUAAAAACAUGGGGCCGGAUUGCCGAUCUGCUGGGCAUCCCACGCUCCGCACAAGAUCGUCUGGCUAAGAUACAAGAGGCUUACUGCCAGUACCUGCUUUCAUACGACUCCCUAUCACCAGCCCAGAGGGCUCAUUUGGAGAAGGAGGUGCUGGCAGAGAAGCAGAGUCUGGAGAGAAGAAGCGGACCCCUGGAAGGUCAGGGAGAUAUAUCCCAGCAUGCCGCUCUGCUGCUUCCACGCUGCGAGCCAAAAAACGGCUUGGUGAAUGGGGCGUUGCACAGGAGCGGACCGCGUGAACAUCUCAGAGAGUUGGACCCUAUGGGGAAGAGCGGGCGGCUGAGAAGACUAGAGAAGAAAGGGGGUGAAGAGGCCGUUUUAAGUGAUCAAUCCAAGUGCACAUAUAGGGGGAAAUCGUUCUCUCUUACAACAUUUUACAGAGCAGCCAGGAACACCAUGAACAUGUGCUUCAGCAAAGAGCCCGACACUGCGGAAAUAGAGAAGGAGUAUUGGAGAUUGGUUGAGGAGAAAGAAUGCCAUGUUGCUGUCCAUUGUGGGAGAGUUGACACGAAGACUCAUGGGAGUGGAUUUCCUGUGGGAAAGUCUGAGCCAUUUUCAAAGCAUGGAUGGAAUCUUACUGUCCUUUCCAAUAACUCAGGAUCCAUCUUACGUCAUCUUGGUGCUGUGCCAGGAGUGACCAUCCCCUGGCUGAACAUAGGCAUGGUUUUUUCUACCUCAUGCUGGUGCCGGGACCAAAACAGCCUUCCUUAUAUAGAUUACCUACACACUGGUGCUGACUGCAUUUGGUACUGUAUUCCAGCUGAAGAGCAAUCGAAACUUGACAAAAUAGUACACACACUGCUGCAGGCUAAUGGGACGCCCGGGCUGGAGAUGUUAGAGAGGAACAUUAUGAUUUCUCCAGAGGUGCUCCGUCAAAAGGGGGUGAAAGUGUACCGGACAGUGCAACAGAGCGGUCAGUUUAUGGUAUGUUUCCCAGGGACCUUUGUGUCUAAGGUGUGUUGUGGCUACAGUGUCUCUGAGACAGUGCACUUCGCCAACCCCCAGUGGAUGAAACUGGGCUACGAGGCAGCUAAGGAUCUUAAAAGGCGUCGAAUAGAGGAGCCUUUCUCCACAGAGAAACUCAUCUAUCAGAUUGCUACAUCUGAGCGCGGAAACAAACAGCUUUUGAAUGCAGUCUCCGUUCUCUUUAAAGAUCUCAGGGAUACAGAGAUAAGACAGCGCAGGGAUCUGUUCGAGGCCGGGCUCCGUCUGUCUGCGCGCUAUGGCACACACUGCGAAUCUUCUGUAGACAAGAAGCAGCAACGCUCGAGGUUUACAGAAGACACAGCUGACAGGCGCUGCCAAGUGUGUCAGCAUCUGUGUUACCUCUCCAUGGUGGUUCAUGAGAGUGAUAAUGUGGUUUUCUGUCUGGAAUGUGCUCUUCGAUAUAUCCAGAAACGAAGGUCCCCUCGUGGCCUCAAAAUGAUGUUUCGUUACACUGAGGAGCAAAUCAACAGUGUGGAAAAUCGUGUGUGUGGAAAAGCACUGGAGAAGGGUGGUGGAGACAAACAGAAAGCCGUCAGCAAGACACCAGCAAAGCGAAGUCCCAGAAACAAGAGCUCCGCCCGCAACGCCCGCUCCUAACCAGACUCUCAGCAACAUUCCUCUUCCAGCAUUACAUAUGUUAGGCCAUAGCGUCUCCUUUUAUAUCAGGUGUUCCUAAUAUUUGUGUACAAAACUCUUCGAUUCUCUUUGUACCUAGUGUAUAGUAUCAAUACAAACCGUUAUUGCACUUUUGUAUUACAAAUACAUGUAGUUACUGGCUGGUUAGUUUCAGUUUAUUGAAUGUAUGGAGGGGACUAAGUGUUACACUGGGUGCAGGAAGCAAAUACACAACUUUUUGGGGCACCUGAGAUAAGACUGUUGGGCCUCAUCCGACAAGCACGAAAUCGUUUGCACUAGUAUUGAGAUAUUGGUUUUUAGAUGAGUAUUUUUGGGUUGUUUUAGCAUUAAAUCGAUCGAGUAUAGAAAUGCGUAUACAUAGAUAUAAAUAUAUCCUAUUCUAUUCCUGUCAUUUGUGUUUAACUGGUGCUGUAGUGACACUUUUUUCCAUGACCCGUAUAGCCCCUUUGUCUCUUGGGCUCACCUGUAAAGUCUUAACAUGCUAUCAGGAUAAAUAAGAAACAUGUCAGCCCUCUCAUGUCAAGCAGUAUGUGUAAAGGACAUGCAGCUGCUGGCAUGUAAGCAAGCUACAAAUAUGAAAAGUCUGCCGCUUUUGACACUAUUUACAGUUUUACCUGAUGUAUGAAGGAGCCUGUGAUCUCAUUUAUAUCAGUACUGAAAUCAUAGAUUUUCUUCUUUAUACAUUUCACGUGGAGAUCUGAAGGCCUUGCGCGAGUACACUUGGUUUUUUAAAGCACAUUGCGAUGCCUUUUACUAAACUUUUUGGAGUACAAACAUAGAUACAGAAGGUUUGAUGCAGAGGGCAAUUUGUACUUGCAUUUUUAAAGUGAUUUUAAACAUAAAGAAAUGCACUUUCCCUGUCAUCCAUAAACGUUUAUCCCCGGACUUUAUAUUUGUAAUUGGUUCCCAAUACUCCUGUUCUGCUAUUAAGAAUCAAAUUUUUAAAUAUACAUUCAUUUGUUUACAUAGAUUAUCACAAAAUACUUAUAUCUAAAAAAGCCCCCCCCCAAAAAUAAAUAAAUAUGUUUAUCUUAAAAAUAAAGCCUUUGAGUUUGGGUCUAUAGGGGUUUGGAUGAGAUAGUCGAGAUGAGGAAAAAGCCUUACUUAUCAAGUUAAAUUAGAUGUUAACAGGGUUGCUACAAAAACAUACAAAAAUAAGUGCUGCUUAAAUCACUGAAUAAGUAUGUCAAGUGGCGAUCCCUAGUUUUUUAGCUUUACUUUUUUAUUAAAGAA